AUGACCGCCUGGAAAGUUCCAGAGGGCAUAGAUUUAGCCGACCCAUCGUUUAACGUACCAAGUAAGAUCGAUAUUUUGCUUGGUGCUGAAGUAUUUUUUGAAGCUCUAAAAACUGGUCAAAUUAAACCGUUAGAAAAUGGUCCAUUGAUUAAAGAAACCGUGUUCGGGUGGAUUGUCGCGGGUUCAGUUCCCGUGAGGAACUCAACACUAUUGCGCUCUUUUCAUGCUCUUAGAAUGAGCUUAGAAAAGAUAAUAAGUUCCCCAAUCACUACUGAAGAAAAUGAGCGCGUCAAGCAUUUUAAUAAGACGGUAAUUAGAGAUGAGGAAGGUCGAUUUGUGUUGAAAUCAGAUUACUCAAAUUCUAUGGAUGAAUAUUUGCGAUUGGGUCAUAUGGAAAGAGUAACAAAUAAUGUAAGUCCAAAUAUAAAACAAUAUUAUAUACCCCACCAUGCGGUGUUACGUGAGUGCAAGUCGACUGCAAAGUUACGCGUAGUUUUUAAUGCGAGUUGCGUUACUACUACGGGCUUAAGUUUGAACGAUGUCCUGUUCAAAGGUCCAGUAAUACAAGAUGAUUUGUUUUCUAUCCUUACACAUUUUCAAACUCAUCAGUAUGUACUGUCGGCGGACUGCGAAAAGAUGUACCGCCAAAUUUGGGUUAGCAAGGAUCACCAAGAUUUACAACGGAUUCUGUGGAAAUCACAACCAGAUCAGCCCAUUGAAGAAUUUCGUCUAAAAACUGUUACUUAUGGCACAUCACCAGCAAGCUACUUAGCUACUGGUUGUUUACAAUAA